CUUGGUAAAGCUCCGCAAAAACAUUGCGUGGUGUUCACUAAAGUACCGUCGAACUCCCGAGGCGUGUUGACAACCACAUUUUUCGCAAAACCAGCGAUAUACCGUACGAAUUUAGAAGACCUCAAAAUUGAAGCCAUGCUCGACGUUUUGGUUACUUUUAAAGGCAGGGAGUUUCGCGCUGUAACGUUGGUAGUUCGGUUUAAAUGUCAUAUCGACGCAACCAAGAUUGCACCGAAGCGUUGAUGUGUUGCGUAAUGAUCAAAUAUGCGUGGGAAAUACGAGGGGUUUUGCGAAAGUUUGUGUUUUUUAAUCACAUUUAUAGAUUAUUUAUAGUAAACAAUGUAUUUAGGGAAUAAAAAACGUUAAAUAUAGUAAAUAUGUGAUAAUAUUGUAGUAAAUCUAGAAAUAAAACAUAUUUAUAACGCAUUUAUUGUGAUUUAUUUAAACCCACCUACAUAGGGUUAUAAUUUAACAAAAAUCAAUAAUUAAACUUCUUAAAUGUAGAUACCUAACCAAAUAAGUAUUCUUUUAUUACAAAUUUUACUGAAAAAUGCGCCAGUGUAAACAAAUAAAUAUUAAUAAGCAUUGAACAAGUGGUUGACAUUGAAACAAAAAUAAAUUUGAGAUAAAAAACGUACCUAUAAACUAACCAAAUAAAUACUUAUAUUAAAAACUCUUGACUGCUUUUGUGUGAUAAAUGUUGCGUAAACUGUUACAGCGAGGGGUAUAAAGAAUUAUGUAAAUUAAUGAUAACAGUUUAUAAACUAUAGAAGUGGGGGGAAUUGAAUUUGAUUAAAUUGAUAAAUUAAUUAAAUUAAAAGUGCAGUUGAACGUUUAGAGUUAAGUUGGGACUUUAGUGAUUUAUUAGUGAAAAUGUUUAGGUCUUCGGCCAGCCCCGCCUUAUCAGUAUUAAGACGGUCCUACUCGAACGUAGCGCCGACCACCAAGCUAUUCAUAGAUGGCCAGUUCGUGGACUCGAAAACGUCAUCGUGGGUCGACCUCCACGACCCGGCCACCAACAACCUGGUGACUAAAGUGCCGAACAGCACGCAAAAUGAGAUGCAGGCGGCUGUGGACAGCGCCAAAAAGGCCUUCGACAGUUGGAAGCAGACGUCAGUAUUAACCAGGCAGCAGCUGAUGCUGAAGCUGCAAGCCGUCAUCAGGAGGGAUAUCAAGAAGCUGGCUGCUAAUAUUACGUUGGAGCAAGGAAAGACGUUAAGUGACGCCGAGGGGGAUGUUAUGAGAGGGUUGCAGGUGGUCGAACAUAGUUGCUCCGCCGGCACCCUUCUACAAGGGGAAUCCUUACAAAACAUCGCUAAAGACAUGGACAUAGUUUCAUACAAGCUACCUCUGGGUGUUACCGCGGGAAUUUGCCCGUUCAACUUCCCUGCCAUGAUUCCAUUAUGGAUGUUCCCUCUGGCUCUUAUUGCUGGUAACACAAUGGUUCUUAAACCUUCAGAAAGAGACCCAGGCGCUACCAUGAUGAUUAUGGAGUUGAUGAACGAAAUUGGAGCCCCACCAGGUCUUGUAAAUGUAAUCCACGGCACUCACGAUUCGGUGAACUUCAUCUGCGACAGCCCGGAUAUCCGCGCCAUCUCUUUCGUCGGCUCGGACCGCGCGGGAAAGUACAUCUACGAGCGCGGCGCCGCCAGCGGCAAGCGCGUGCAGUCGAACAUGGGCGCCAAGAACCACGCCGUGGUGCUGCCCGACGCCGACCGUGGCGCCACCAUCGAUCAGCUGAUCGGAGCGGCGUUCGGCGCGGCCGGGCAACGCUGCAUGGCCUUGAGCGUGGCCAUCUUGGUGGGCGAGGCGCAGCAGUGGAUCCCCGAGAUCGUCGAGCGGGCCAGCCGGUUGAAGGUCAGCGCGGGCCACGAGCCCGGGACCGACGUCGGCCCGGUCAUCACGCCGCAGUCGAAGCAGAGGAUCUUGGAGCUGGUCGAGGCCGGAAUCAAACAGGGCGCGAAAUGUCCCUUGGACGGCCGCAACGUGAAGGUUGAAAAAUACCCGAACGGCAACUUCGUGGGUCCCACCCUCCUAACCGAGGUGCAACCCCACCACGACUGCUACAAGGAGGAGAUCUUCGGCCCGGUGCUGUGCGUGAUGUCGGCCGACACGCUCGAAGACGCCGUCGCGAUCAUAAACGCCAACCCCUACGGCAACGGCACGGCCGUCUUCACGACGAGCGGCUCGCACGCCAGGCAGUUCGUCAACGAAGUCGACGUGGGGCAGGUGGGGGUCAACGUGCCCAUCCCCGUGCCCCUCCCCAUGUUCAGCUUCACCGGGUCGCGCGGCAGUUUCCACGGCGACUUGCACUUCUACGGCAAGCAGGGCCUCAAUUUCUACACGCAAACCAAAACCAUCACGUCGAUGUGGAGAAAGGGGCAGGCGGCGGCCAAAUCUUCCGUCUCCAUGCCGGUACACAACUAAUUUUAAGUCUGUAAUGUAUUUUUAAGCAUAAUUGUCUUCCAGUUAUUAAAUUUCAAUAUAUUUUAAGUAUUUUAUGCAAUUAG